UUCAACAACUGCAAGCUCAACUACCUACCAAUUUUCUUUUCUUCUCUGCUAUUGCAAAUAUACAGAAUCUCAGACCACAUACAGAAAAACAGAAAUAAAAGAAAAAUAAAAAGAAUCAAAAACGCAAAGAGAAAUGUCUUUACUGAUCUACUCCAAAAGCUACAAAUCUCUAUCUGCAAUUAUUUGUCUGAUUCUCAUAUUUUCAUCAUCAAAAGUGACCAAAUCUCAAAACCGUCCAACACCCUAUGAAAUUCUCAGUAGCUACAAUCUCCCAGUUGGGUUGCUUCCUAGAGGAGCAAUUGGAUAUGAUCUUGACUCUACAACGGGUAAAUUUUCUGCAUUCUUUAAUGGUACUUGUAGUUUUUCUCUUGAAGGAUCUUAUCAGCUUAGGUAUAAGUCAACCAUCAAAGGUUACAUAUCCAGAGGGAAACUCGCAAGCUUAGGAGGUGUUAGUGUAAAAUUGUUGUUUAUGUGGGUUGAUAUUGUUGAGGUUUCAAGAAAUGGAGAUGAUCUUCAAUUUUCUGUUGGAAUUGCUGGUGCUGGAUUUCCUAUUGAUAAUUUUGAGGAGUGUCCUCAAUGUGGGUGCGGCUUGAAUUGUGGAGAUCAAAGGAGUGUAGUUCCCAAAUUUAGAUCAAAUCGUUUUGUAUCUUCCUUAUAGGCAAGUUGGAUUUUUUUGUUUUAAUUUUGAUUGUUGUUUGAUUGGUAAUUACUUGAAUUGGGUUGUGUUUGUUUGUUUGAUUGCCUUUAAUUUGUGUCUCCAACAUUAUUCUAUUACUGAAAUGAAAAAUUCUGACCUGUGCCUGUGACUAAAAAAA